UCAUCAUAAUAUUCAUACUAUUUUCUUCACUCUCUUCUUCUUCUCUCUCAAGUCUCAACACACCUCCAUAGCUCGUCUUCAAUACGCUAUUUAUCCAUUUAUAUCCAUAUUCUAUCUUUUCUUCAUUGCUUGUUAUUUUUUUUAUCACACAGAAGAAACGUUUACAUACAUAAAGAAAUGGGCUUCUUAACUCGAUUUUUUGUUUUCAUGUCACUCUUGGCUGGUUUGGUUUCUGGGUUUGCUCUACAGAAGCUUCCUCUUGUUCAGUUCGACGAAGGUUACACACACCUGUUUGGUGACCAGAAUCUGGUUGUUCACAGAGACGGCAAAUCCGUCCGGUUAACGCUCGAUGAAAGAACCGGUUCUGGGUUUGUCUCAAAUGAUAUAUACUUACAUGGGUUCUUCAGCUCUUCUAUCAAGUUACCAGCAGAUUACUCUGCAGGAGUUGUCAUCGCCUUUUAUCUAUCAAAUGGGGACUUGUACGAGAAGAAUCACGACGAGAUUGAUUUUGAGUUCUUGGGGAAUAUUAGAGGCAAAGAAUGGAGGAUUCAGACGAACAUAUACGGCAAUGGAAGCACACAUUUGGGCAGAGAAGAAAGAUACAAUCUUUGGUUUGAUCCAACUGAGGAGUUCCAUCAAUAUAGUAUCCUCUGGUCUCUUUCUCACAUCAUAUUUUAUGUAGACAAUGUUCCGAUAAGAGAAGUGAAACGCACGGCGUCAAUGGGCGGUGACUUCCCGGCGAAGCCAAUGUCUUUAUACGCAACCAUAUGGGAUGGCUCCAAAUGGGCAACUGAUGGAGGCAAAUACGGUGUAAAUUACAAAUAUGCCCCUUACGUCACCCACUUCACUGAUCUAAUCCUCCACGGCUGCGCCGUCGACCCCACAGAGAAGUUUCCGGCCUGCCAAGAUGAAGCGGUCGAGGAUCUUCGGCUGGCGUCGGAGAUAACUGUGUCUCAAAGGAACAAAAUGGAGAUUUUCCGACGGAAACACAUGACUUAUUCGUAUUGUUACGACCAUAUGAGGUACAAGGUGGUUUUGUCCGAAUGCGUAGUGAAUCCAGCCGAGGCUAAACGUCUCAGGGUCUACGAUCCGGUCACGUUCGGAGGGAUUCCUCGCGGCCACCGGCGGGGGAAGCACCGGAGCAGGAGCCGCUUAGCCGGAACUGAGGCAAUAUGAAUCGGUGUCUAAUGUUCAGCUAGAGGGCAUUUUUUCUUCUUUUUUUUUGUCGACAUUUUGGCAUUUUUUCUUGUAUAGGAAUAUAUGAAUUAUGAACUUAAGAAUAAUGGAAUCGCACUGAUAUA